AAAACCCUUUCUCUUCAAAUCUACAACUUUCCUACAGCUCUUCUGAAAAUCUCAUGGCUUUCCUUGCUUUCUUAAUAGUCCUGCUCAAUCAUUUAUAGUGAGUAACGAUCCAUCUCGUUGUGUUAUUAUUAUUAUAAUCUGCUUUGACAUGGGUGAUACGCAGGAGGGACUUGUGAAGAGGAUCGUUCAUGACGACCAUACUUCAUUCGAAGUCGAUAAACCCAGUGUAGAAUGUCCCGAUCAUAACAUCAAUAGAAAGGAAAACAAAGCCGAGUGGAGUGAAAAUGAUGAGUUUAGCAUUAGGGAUGUGAAUAUCGAAGAAAAGGUGCCUUCAUGGAGGGAGCAGUUAACUUACCGUGGCAUGGUUGCAGGCUUGUUGAUUGGAAGUCUUUUCAGUGUUAUAGUUAUGAAUCUGAAUCUCACUACUGGACUUGCUCCAUCAAUGAAUGUUUCUGCGGGGCUCUUGGGAUUCGUGCUUAUGAAGACGUGGACAAAACUUUUGGACAAGGCUGGCUUCUUACAAACUCCUUUCACCAGACAAGAGAAUACGGUCAUCCAGACUUGCGUUGUGGCUUGCUAUUCCAUUGCUUAUGGUGGAGGAUUUGGGUCCUAUUUGUUGGGAAUGGGCACAAAAACAUAUGAACAAGCAGGAGUUAACACAGCCGGUAAUACUCCGGACACCGUGAAACAACCUGGAAUUGGGUGGAUGACUGGAUUUCUAUUUUUGGUUACUUUUGUUGGCAUUCUAGUGUUGGUGCCCCUCCGAAAGGUGCUGAUCGUCGAUUACAAGCUAACUUAUCCAAGCGGUACAGCAACAGCUGUGCUCAUCAACGGCUUCCACACAACUCAGAAAGAUAAAUUGGCGAGAAAGCAAGUUCGAUGCUUUGGGAAAUAUUUUAGUUUUAGCUUUCUCUGGGGAUUCUUCAAAUGGUUUUUCACCAGUGGAGACGGUUGCGGCUUCCAGAAUUUUCCGAUCCUUGGUCUGCGAGCUCAGCAACAGAGGUUUUACUUCGACUGCAGCCUUACGUAUGUUGGAGCAGGGAUGAUUUGCCCUCAUGUGGUAAACAUCUCAAUGCUGUUAGGAGGGAUUCUGUCGUGGGGUAUUAUGUGGCCCUUGAUCAGCAAACGUGAAGGAGACUGGUAUCCCAAAAACCUUCCAGAAAGCAGCAUAAAGGGCCUUAAUGGCUACAAGGUGUUCGUGUGCGUCGCCCUAAUUUUAGGAGACGGUCUCUACAAUUUUGUGAAAAUAAUGUGGAUCACCAUGAGCAACUUCUACAUCGAUUUGAAGAAGAUGAUGAAGUCUCGGAAUGGAGACGUUGAGAUUGAUGGCAGUUCACCAAGCAAGGAGGAGCAAAGGCAAAACGAGAUAUUCGUGAACGACACAAUUCCUCUUUGGAUAGCUGCAUCGGGAUAUGUAGCCCUGGCUGCUAUAUCUGUAGCGGUGCUCCCAAAGAUGUUCAAUCACAUGAAGUGGUACUAUGUAAUGGUCUCCUAUAUGUUUGCCCCUGUCCUGGCCUUCUGCAAUGCAUACGGAACAGGGCUAACAGAUCAGAAUUUAGCAUACAAUUAUGGAAAAGUUGCCUUGUUCGUAUUUGCAGCGUGGGCGGGGGAAGAUCAUGGAGGCGUUCUUGUAAGCCUGGCUUUAUGCGGAACCGUGAAAUCUCUAGUCCAAACAGCAGCCGAUUUGAUGCACGAUUUCAAGACUGGGCAUCUCACUCUUUCUUCACCAAGAUCAAUGUUUGUGAGCCAAUUAAUUGGCAAUGCAAUGGGUUGCAUAAUAGCGCCGCUGACAUUUUGGCUCUUUUUCCAGGCCUUUGAUGUGGGAAAUCCCGCAACCCAAUAUAAAGCGCCCUUUGCUAUUAUUUACAGAAACAUGGCCAUUCUGGGUGUUGAAGGAUUCUCUGCUCUUCCUGGUAAUUGUGUAGAUAUUUGUUACGGUGCCUUUGCUUUCGCAAUCUUGGUGAAUGGCAUUCGAGAUCUAGUAGGCGAGAGAAUCGGGCAAUAUAUUCCUCUGCCCAUGGCCAUGGCGAUUCCAUUCUACGUGGGACCCUAUUUCGCCAUUGACAUGUGCUUGGGGACUGCCAUUGUCUUUGCAUGGCAUAAAUUGAACUUCAAGAAAGCAGAUAUUUUUGUGCCGGUUGUGGCAUCUGGGUUAAUCUGCGGUGAAGGUAUCUGGAUUGUUCCAUCUGCCAUUUUAGCUCUCUCCAAGGUCUCGCCCCCUAUUUGCAUGAAAUUUCUGUCCAAUAGUGUCAACCAAAAUGUAGAUAAAUUUAUUCAUAAAUCAUAAGAUGACAGAAUCGUCCGUUGCAUUUAUUAAGAAAUUAAGAAUUAGGAUAGCAAGUAUAGGGUAGAUUAGCACGACUAAAAUGCUAUACGUUCAGCUUCAAUAUAUAUAUAUAUAUAAUCAAUAUAUCUCCAUUUGAGUACAAGGAAAGUUCCUUGACUUUUGUAACCAGCACAUCUGCAUUAUAUGAAUGUAUGUUAUACAUUGUUGUUAUUA